AUGCAACACACUUAUAUUGCAUUUGUCUUGGCAAACCUAUUUUUACUUUUACUCAAUACACAAGCAGAUACGCUAGUGCCCAGCUGCCCACAGCCAUCAAUUCCAGCAGACGUUCUUGUGGUGUGCUUCGCACUCGACAGCCCCAGCUCUUUGGUUUCGGCCGCCACACUCUGGGCCCCACAAUGCCGCCGAAUGGUUCCUGCCGCACCCAUACUCUUGGUUGGUACAAAGUCAGAUCUUCGCGUAGAUCCUGAUGUAUGUAGGAGAGCCCGGUUCAGUGCUGGGGGCCAAAUAGAUUUGGCUGCGGUAAGUGAAAUUGAAUGUAUUAUUGUCUCAAGUUAUUAG